GUCUUGUCUUUGGCAGCUCGAACUGUAACACUGCAACCGCUAUAUGGCUAAUCAACCGGGGCACGGUUGGGUGCGACAUACUAUGUGAUAUGAUGGACGAGUCUAGGGCUCAUGUGGGGCGUUGACGGCGAGACGGGCACAGGAAUUCUUAACCUGCCAACUCAUGAAUACGAGGCGCGGAGUUACAAAGUAGCACAGACUUUACCCGCGACCUGUGCUAUUCAUUUCAUGUUUCGCCACCUACAGCAGAACUGCGGAGGGAAUCCCAGGACAACGGACAGGCAGUUCCAAGCUGCAGCAUAUUCUUGCAAUUACAACGGGACCAGGGGGACCCGAGCCGAAAGCGAACGGCCUAACCAUGCUGUUGGGAAUGGGUCAUUGGAUUUAGUUGCAGAGAGAAGGCUUUGCAGCUCCACACGUCCAUCCUCCGACAGGCCAGCCAUGCCAACCAAUGCAACCAUUAUCUGCAAGCUAGAAUCUGGUGCUUCCGAUUUGACCGCUUGGAGUGAAUGGGGCGAUUGGGAACUGGCCUUGUGGGAGGAGUUUUUCAGUUGUUCAACUUAUGAUAAUGAUACGUCGGUGAAGGCGGGGAACUCGCUGGGUGAGCAUUCUGGUAUCUUCAAUAUCAUUGAGAAGCAACAUGAUCAACCAGAAUACACCCUGAAUAAGAAGCAAUUCAUAAUAAGACAUGCAGCUGUAUCACGCAACAGUAUACCUUGUAUGUACGCAUUAAUUGUUAGUAUUAUUUGCAUUGCAUGUUGAUUGUUGACCACGGUGCUCACUACGGGGCUUGCUGACCAAUCAGCAGGCGUCGAGGGGCCGAUCUCCCGUUUUUACGCGAUAUCAAAGCUUACUUUUUUUUACAUUUGAUGCGGUC